GCUCUGGUUGUUCCUGCGGUGGCCGUGGCAGUUAUCAGGGAAUGCAGGCAAACCGACGCAGUGUGCUUCGGGAGCUACGUUAAGUGAGGCAGCCGUGCGGAAGAUUUGCAAUGAACAGGAUACGCAUCCACGUCUUGCCGUCAAGUCGGAACCGGGUGACCCAGACUCCCCGUCCUCAAGAGCCUCAGGCCUGCUCCUUCACCCAGCGACCAUGCUCUCAGCCCCGCCUGGACGGCCUGGAGUUCUGCAUCAAACACAUUCUGGAGGACAAGAACGCCCCGUACAAGCAGUGCAGCUACGUCUCCUCCAAGAACGGCAAACGCUGCCCCAACGCUGCACCAAAGGUGGAGAGGAAAGAUGGAGUGACGUUCUGUGCAGAGCAUGCUCGCAGGAACGCCAUGGCUCUCCGCGCUCAGAUGAGAAAAGCAUCUUCUGGUCCAACCCCGGAGUCGCUGUUGUCUCAGCUUAGCGGAUACAACCGUGGAGAGACGCACAGCAUCGAAGGAGGCCGCUCCGAAGCAAGUCGUAUUCUAGAUGAGGACAGUCUGAGUGAGGAAGAGCAGGGACCCUUGGUGUUAGAUCAGACAUGGAGAGGAGACCCUGACAGCGAGGCCGACAGUGUUGACAGUGAUCACGAGGAUCCUCUGAAACAUGCAGGAGUGUACACAGCAGAAGAGGUGGCGCUCAUCACUCGAGAGAAACUCAUCAGGCUCCAGUCUCUCUACAUCGACCAGUUCAAACGCCUGCAGCACCUGCUUAAGGAGAAAAAGCGCCGAUACCUGCACAACCGCAAAGUGGAGCACGAAACUCUAGGCAGCAGUCUGCUGACGGGGCCUGAAGGACUGUCCAUGAAGGAGAGAGAGAACCUGAAGAAGCUCAAAGCUCUGCGUCGAUACCGUCGUCGGUACGGCGUGGAAGCCCUGCUGCAUCGGCAGCUGAGAGAGAGGAGGCAGGCUGUGACAGAAGGAGCUCCUCAGCCGCACACAAGAACGGUGUACGAGAAAUGCAUCUCCUUUGUGGAAGGAACCCGGUGUACCAAUCCCUGCCUGCCCAUGACCCGGCACUGUGUCUCACACAUCUUCCAAGACAGCAAUCAGGUUCUUUUCAAAAUGUGUCCCGGCUUGAAAGACGUCCCGUGCGACCGCACCGUGCACAUGGGUCAGUCUGAGGAUCCUCGCUGCCCGCUUCACCUCACCCUGCCUCCCCCCAUGUACCAGCCAGAGCAAGAAGCUCCACCGCAGGAGCAGUUCACCCCCGCCAGCAAAGACAUGUACCUGAGUGCCGCAGAGCUUCAGCCCACAGAGAGCCUUCCUCUAGAGUUCAGCGAUGACCUGGAUGUGGAAGGAGACGGUAUGCAGGGUCCUCCGUCCCCCCUGCAGUUUGACACGGCCUUGGCUCUGGAGGACCAGACCAUUAGAGCCAUCGCCGAGGCCCCGAUGGACAUCCUGACUGGAGAAGACCCAGACCCGGUGGACCUGGACGCCUCAGGACAGGAGCUUUCUGAAAGGGACGUGGACGCCAUCAUGGAUGACCAGGUGGUGUCGGAGGUUGUCGGAGGUGAAGGGGACGCCACAGACGGUUCGCUCCAAGACGUCGACGCUGCUACUGUUGACGCUCCCAGAUGAACAAAUCUUGAACUCAAAGACUGAUGCUUGAUCCGGGGCUGCGACUGACGAUUAUUUUUCCUGAUUAAUCGAUUAGUUGUUUGUUCUAUAAAACAUCAGAAAAUAGUGGGUAAAAAAAACAUCAAUCACUGUUUCCCGAAGCCCAAAGGUGACGUCCUCAAAUGUCUUGUUUUGUCCUGACAACAGUCAACAACCCAAAGAUCUUCACUUAACUGUCAUAAAAUACUAAA